AUGUCGUCAUCGUCAUCAGCACCUAGAACAAAGCCCUGGGAAGUUGCACUGGGAACAAGUGCGGCGUCAACUCAGCAGCCAACCCCACUAUCGACAACGACAGCAGCAACAACAGCAACAACAGCAACAACCGGCUCAGGUUCAGCAUCAGUCAAUCCACAUAUACCUGAUCGUCCAACAUCGCUAACUUCAGAUUUCAAUAAUAUGGCAGAGACUUCUCCCUAUGGCACUAGCACAACCUAUGGGAACCGAUAUGGAACGUCGAGCUACGGUACGGGGUUGUAUGGUGGAGGUGGUUACGGCUCUUCAAUGUACGGUGGAGGCUAUGGUUCUUCAAUGUAUGGCGGAGGUUAUGGCUCCUUGUACGGCGGAGGCUAUGGUUCCGGAAUGUAUGGUGGAGGCUACGGUUCCGGGAUGUACGGCGGAGGCUAUGGUUCUGGAAUGUAUGGCAAUAAUCCAACGACGAUGCAAGGUGGAUUUGGAGAAAGCACUCAGGCUACAUUCCAUUUGAUUGAGAGUAUAAUUGGAGCAGUUGGAGGAUUUGCUCAGAUGUUGGAGGCAACAUAUAUGGCUACACAUUCUUCGUUUUUCACCAUGGUUAACUUGGCUGAACAAUUUGGCAAUUUAAAGAAUGCUUUAGGGUCAUUAUUAGGUAUUUUUGCCUUGAUCAAAUUUGUCAAAAAAAUAUUCAGUAAAUUGACCGGGAGCGAUUAUAACAAUGGUCUUAAUUUGGGAGAGUUUAUCAAGUACGAAAAACAACAGAAAAAGAUUGAAGACCAGGUGAAAAAGAGCCGUAAUCCAAAUAAAAGAAUCUCCCUUAAACCAUUGCUUUUAUUCCUUGUGGCUUCGAUUGGGUUCCCUUAUAUACUAAGUAAAGCAAUACAAAUGUUGAAUGAACAGAAUAGAAGAAAGCAGAUGGAAAUGCAACAGCAGCAACAACAGCAACAACAGCAACACAACCCGUCUCCAUUUGAUCCAUCAAAUUUACAGUUUGCUAAGGCAAUUUAUGAAUUUAACCCUGAAAAUCCACAAAUUGAAAUACCACUAAAACCUAAUGAUUUAGUGGCUAUAUUAUCUAGAAAGGAUCCUAUGGGUCAAGAAAGUAAAUGGUGGAAAGUGAGAUCAAGAUCGGGACAAGUUGGAUAUGUGCCUUCAAAUUACCUUACUGUUAUUGAACGAAAACAGCAAGAACAAAUUCAGCCACCGCCACCACCACAAUCAUCAUCGUUACAAAAAUCCGAAUCAACACCAAUAAUAAACACAAAAAAGGAAUGGGACGGGAAACCAGACAAAUUAGUAGAAGAGUUCAGGAACUUUCUGUGA